UCUUGUAAUUAAUGGGGAUAAUUAUAUUCCAAAUUUUUGUAGUUUACUUGUUUUUGUUGGUUAGCUGCUCCGCCCAAAAUAAUGUUCCUGCCGUUUUCACUUUUGGCGAUUCCUUGGUUGACGUGGGGAACAACAACAACCUUCGAACUCUAGCUAAGGCAAAUUUUCUCCCUCAUGGACUUGAUUUUUGGAAUAACCCAACAGGACGAUUUUCAAAUGGGAGAACAGUUAUUGACAUUAUUCAACAAGAAGUGGGUUUGAAAUUUUUUACUCCACCUUACUUGGCUCCAACUGCUGCUGGAGACAAUCUUCUACAAGGUGUCAAUUAUGCUUCCGCUGGCUCUGGAAUUUCCAAUUUAACUGGAUUUUUCUAUGGUGAUCGAAUCAAUUUUGACACGCAAAUCAGUAACCAUGGGAAAACUGCACUAGCUAUCAUAUCGAGGAUCGGCAUUCCAGCAGCUCAGAAAUUGUUAAGAAAAGCAAUUUAUGUGGUUGUAAUUGGCUCUAACGACAUAAUGUUCAAGGAGUUUGAACACACUGCCAUGUCAGAAGAAGCUUAUGUGGAUUUCUUGAUUUCAAGACUCAAAUUAGCACUUACGAGACUCUACAACUUGGAUGCUAGAAAGAUUAUGGUGAGCAACGCUCCACUUGUUGGGUGUAUCCCAUUUGAGAAAGCCAUACAUCCAGUUGAGAAGGGAAGUUGUGCUCGUAUACUAAAUAAGAUGGCCCAGAUAUACAACAAGAAGUUGAAGAGCAUGCUUGCAGAGCUUAACAAAGAGCUUCAAGGGGCAAAGUUUGUUUACGCAGAUAUUUAUCGAAUUUUGCAAGAUCUCACCCAAAAUUAUGCGUCAUAUGGAUUUGAGGUUGCAACUUCUGGAUGCUGCGCAUUUGCCGGGAGCCGAGGGGGAAUGGUACCCUGCAAUCCUUUAUCUAAAGUUUGUCCCAACAGAUCAAAGUAUGUAUUCUGGGAUCCAUUUCACUUGACGGAUGCUGCUUGUGUUGUUGCAACAAGGCAUAUUAUGGAUGGUGACUUAACUUAUAUGUCACCUAUGAAUUUGAGACAGCUUGUGCAAUCUUGAGCUAGCAAUCUAUGAACCCGAAAUGAGCUGAAUAUGAUGUAGGACGACCCUGUUUGUAAUUCAAAAAAAGCAAGAUGGUUCAUUAAUAUUGAUGAAAUAAAUGAUGGAAUCCAAGCUGCAUGUGAGUGGGUUUUGAAGAAUUUCAAGCCUUGUUGCGCUGUGUCAUCUAGGCCCAGGAUGAUUAAUUCCAGUGUAGUUCUGUUUUGUUGGUCUUCCACCUCCGAAAUAAUUAUUGGUUCUCAGUCUUUAAACCUAUAUAUCAAACUUUGCUAUGAAUAUUUAAUGGACUUUC